CUGAAGGUUUAUGGAGCCAUAUCGAAAGAAAAAGUCUUGAGGUGUUGUUUACAAAUUUAUUCAGCCCAAUCUGCAUUAGAUCCCUGAAGCGCUGUCUUCACAUGAGGAAAAAUGAUGUCAUGAGAAAAGUGAAGCCCAGAGUCAGGCUCCUCCAGAAGACACUCCCAGACUCUGGAGGGGCCAAAGUGACCUGCCUGGCCACUGGUUUCUACCCCCGUCACAUCAACCUGACCCUGCUCAGAGACGGCCAGCCUGUGUCUGACCACCAAAUCACUGGGGGGGAGCUGCUCCCCAAUGGAGAUGGAACCUACCAGAAGAGGAAGAGCCUGGAGGUCAGUGCAGAGGAACUAAGAGAGAGACGGCAGUACUCCUGCACAGCUGAACACCUCAGUCUGGACAACAAACUAGACAUCAACUUGGAUCUUGAGCCGGGUGGAGGUACAGUGUCUCUAGUCACCCCUAUUGUAAGCCUGAUUGGAGUUGUGUUGCUGUGUGUGGUUGGAGCCCUCAUCAUGUGCUAUAGAAGACAACGCUUUCAGCCCUCUGAUUACAUUCCUGCCCACAAGACAGAUCAACAACUGCAUCAACUGGAUCAAUCCACAAACUAGGUGGUUUCAAAAGCCUGGCUUCACCAAUUCACUUUGUGAAUAGGGUCUGGCAACACUCCGAGA